ACCAGAGAGCAGUAUCAUUUCAUCCACUGGAUAAGACUAGAAACAUAUCCUUUAGAGAUUUACCUGCAAAAGAGCAUCACAUUUAAAAACGUACAAUGGACUUCUGCUCUGCAUCACAGCAAGCCAGAAGCCCCAGCUCAUGGAUCACCCUCUUCCUCCUGUACUCAAUUGUCACCAUGUGCAGUAGAGUAGAGGGCUGGUCCUACCAUCACUCCAACAAAACGAUGAACUGGGACACUGCUAGAAAGUGGUGCACGGAGCACUACACUGACAUGGUGGCCAUCCAGAACCGUGGAGAGAUCUCCCACCUUAACAGCAUCCUGCCCAGGCAGACCAACUAUUACUGGAUAGGGAUCCGUAAGGUGGACGACGUGUGGACCUGGGUGGGGACCAAUAAGGUUCUGACUAAAGAGGCAGAGAACUGGGCAGACGGAGAACCCAACAACGGGGGGAACAACGAGGACUGUGUGGAGAUGUACAUCAAGAGAGAGAAGGACACAGGGAAGUGGAACGACGAGACGUGUAUGAAGAAGAAGACGGCUCUGUGCUUCACAGCCUCGUGUCAGAGCGACUCAUGUUACCAUGGAGAGUGUGUGGAGACCAUCAACAGCCACCGCUGUAAAUGCUUUGAGGGCUUCUACGGAGAGCAGUGUGAACACGUUGUUGAAUGUAAGAUGGAGGAGGUCACUGUCCCCGCUAAAGCCAGUGUCAGUUGCUCUCACCCCAAUGGGAAUUUCUCCUUUGAUUCGACGUGUCAGUAUUCCUGUGAAGAGGGGUACAGGCUGAGCAGCUCCGGGCCUGUGAGAUGCACAGCCUCAGAAUCAUGGUCGGAACAGCCUCCCACCUGUGAAUUGGUCUUAUGCAGUGAGCUGUAUGAACCUGAGAAGGGUUCCAUGGCCUGCUCCCAUCCCCUGGGCUCCUUCAGCUACCUGUCCACCUGUACCUUUACCUGUGAGGAGGGCUAUGAGAGGCUGGCCUCCAGCUCUGCUACCCUGCAGUGUGGAGCCUCGGGACAGUGGAACGACUCACAGCCGCAGUGUGUUGCUGUAAGCUGCCCUACCCUCCAGCAGCCACAGGAUGGCGCUAUCAGCUGUGGAGAAGACUUGACCUAUGGAAGCAGCUGUAACUUUAGCUGCUCUGAGGGUUAUCUCCUCAAGGGGGCGCUCACGGUGACCUGCACAUCAGCUGCUGAGUGGAGUGAGGAGAUACCACACUGUGAAGUGGUCUUAUGCAGUGAGCUGUAUGAACCUGAGAAGGGGUCCAUGGCCUGCUCCCAUCCCCUGGGCUCCUUCAGCUACCUGUCCACCUGUACCUUUACCUGUGAGGAGGGCUAUGAGAGGCUGGCCUCCAGCUCUGCUACCCUGCAGUGUGGAGCCUCGGGACAGUGGAACGACUCACAGCCGCAGUGUGUUGCUGUAAGCUGCCCUACCCUCCAGCAGCCACAGGAUGGCGCUAUCAGCUGUGGAGAAGACUUGACCUAUGGAAGCAGCUGUAACUUUAGCUGCUCUGAGGGUUAUCUCCUCAAGGGGGCGCUCACGGUGACCUGCACAUCAGCUGCUGAGUGGAGUGAGGAGAUACCACACUGUGAAGUGGUCUUAUGCAGUGAGCUGUAUGAACCUGGGAAGGGGUCCAUGGCCUGCUCCCAUCCCCUGGGCUCCUUCAGCUACCUGUCCACCUGUACCUUUACCUGUGAGGAGGGCUAUGAGAGGCUGGCCUCCAGCUCUGCUACCCUGCAGUGUGGAGCCUCGGGACAGUGGAACGACUCACAGCCGCAGUGUGUUGCUGUAAGCUGCCCUACCCUCCAGCAGCCACAGGAUGGCGCUAUCAGCUGUGGAGAAGACUUGACCUAUGGAAGCAGUUGUAACUUUAGCUGCUCUGAGGGUUAUCUCCUCAAGGGGGCGAUCACGGUGACCUGCACAUCACCUGCUGAGUGGAGUGAGGAGAUACCACACUGUGAAGCAGCACCUGAGCCGCCAUUGAACCCCACUAUCCUAGGCCUGGCAGCAGGGGGCGCUGUGUCAUUAUCUGGCCUGUCUCUGGCCGCAUGGCUCCUCAAACGAAUCAGACAGAAAGCUAACAAGUUUAAUCUGAACAGCACCUCAGACAUUGAGGAACCUUUACAGACCUACAGGAACAGCAUCGACAGCCUCAUAUAGAGACCAACAACAGUAACAGCAGGAACAACAGCAAGAAUAACUGCAGGAACCACUGCAGGAACAACAGCCGGAACAACUGCAGGAAAAGCAUCGACAGCCUCAUAUAGAGACCAGCAACAGUAACAGCAGGAACAACUGCAGGAACAGGCUGGCUCUGUUUUCAAAGAAGAUCUGCUGGUCACACCUGGAUCACAGUUCCUCAGUAUUGUAAUGUAGUAGGUUAGAUAGCCUUGAAUCGUCUGACUGGGAGAGAGGUGCUACGUUGAGUAUACAGAAUCAUCUGUUCUCAUGAUGGUCCUACAGAAAAUGUAUUUUUUCUCCCUAAGGGAGUUUUGUAUUGAACAAAUUGUUCACCACUGGCUGGUAUAUGACCACAAGUGGCCAAAUUUCUUAUGAUACUGAUUUUGACAGCUAUUUUAUACAAACUACAGAAAGUUGUAUAUUGUAUUCCCCUGUAUAAUUAUUUGUGUUAUCAUAAAUAUAUUGUUAUGAUUUUACAAAACGGUGAAAUCAAUGCCUUUCAGUAUUUAAGUUUUAUUUAUUUUUAAACCACAGUCUGUGUGUUACAGAAUUACAUUUGAUGUUGAAAAAGUGUAUUUUUAAAUAUAAUAAACGUUUCAAACA